ACAAGGACGAGACAAGAGGGACGUCAUUCAAGCGACCCCCGUAUACGAGCGGCUUCUCCUCCUGCUGACUCCAGUAAGCGGACACCGCGGAUUUUCGAAAGAUGGCAUCGCCGCUCAAGAGCUUCGUUGAUCCGAAGGAGCAGCUCUUCGACUUGCGGAGGAACUUUGGGGAGUACACGCUGCAACACCUGCGCCGUCACGCGAGUUCGAAAUGGAUCAAUGGCACAAGCGACGAAGCGGUGACCUACGGUGAAGUAGCUGAGCAGGUGGAGGCUGUGCGGGCGGCGCUCUCGCGACUGGGUCUACAGGCGGGAGACAGGAUCCUGCUUCUCAGCGGCAACCGAUUGCAGCUGUUGCCCGCGUUCCUGGGCGCUGCUAGCGCCGGCGUGGCGUCCACGUACAUGAGCCCGGGCUACGGAGUUGAUAUCCUUGCGGAUGCGAUGCGGCCCCUGUCCCUGGUCGGCCUCUUCUGUGAACCAUGUUGGGUUCAGGACGCUCUCAAGCUACAGCGCGAGCUCCCUUCUAUUAAGACUAUCAUAGUGCUGGACGAACUGGCGGACAAACCGGACGAUGCGCCCAACUGUGUAAUCACGUGGAGCGAGCUGCUGAAGAAGGGACGCAUACUGAACGGAACGCCGUGGCCCUCGAUCGAGUACCGGGAAAAACAAAUCUGCUACAUGACGUCGACCAGUGGCACGACCGGCAAGGCUAAGGUGGUCGUGCACUACCAUGAAUCUCUCUUAGCCGUCGUCCAGGCAAACAGCCACCCCGCUCACAUGAACCUGAGCACAGAUGACGUGGCUCUGUGCACCACUUCGCUGGGCCACGUAUACGCGCUGUUCGACGUCGUCUGCAAGGCUAUCGUCCAGGGAGCCUCGGUCGCCUUUGUUGAGAACGCUGACGAUGUCCUCGAGGCGCUCCACAAGCACAAGGUCACAGCCUUGAGCACGACUCCUUAUACGGCACGAUGCAUACUGGAAAACGAUAAGCGCAAGAACUAUGACCUCAGCUCCCUCAAGUACGUCACGGCUGCGACCACGUGCAUUAGCGAGGAGGUUGCCAAAGCAUUAUUCCAGGAGCUAAAUAUCGAGUCGUUCAUACAGUUGUACGGCCAGUCGGAGAUCCCGUUCGUCACAGCGGGCCUUUAUAAUGCACCAUGCCGUUUCAAGUCGAUAGGCCGUUUGGGCAUGGGAGUCGAAGCAAUGGUGAGGGACCUCGAGACGGGAAAGCCCCUCGGCCCGUGGGAACAAGGCGAGCUCGUGGUUCGAAGUCCGGGCCUGAUGCGCGGUUACUGGGGAAGGCUGCACGAGUCCGUCACUGACAGCGAAGGCUGGUACAGGACAGGCGACCUGUGCUACUACGACGAAGACGGUUGGCUGUAUCUGGUGCAACGACUGAGCGACUUCUUUUGCUGCCGCGGGACGAAGGUCUCGCCAGUCCUAGUCGAGGCUGUGCUGCAGAAGUGUCCGGAAGUGCAUGACUGCGCCGUCGUGGGACUCCCGCAUCAUGAAGCCGGACACGUGGCUCACGCUGUGGUUGUGCGAAAGCCCGAAGCCAGGACACUGGGCGUCGAGCACUUCACACGAUUUAUGGAAGCUAACGCACCGAAGAGCUUCAACUUGGAAGGUGGCGCCACGUUCGUCGACAAGAUUCCACGGAACGAGCUGGGAAAACUCGUCAGGCGUGAGCUCAUCCAGUGGGUUCUCAAGCAACAAGAACAAGCAGUCUGAAACUGACAGCGGAGCUGGAUCAAAAGCACAAAGUACGCGUUAUACUGACAAAUUUGUGCCGGGCCAAAGUGGUAUAACAGAGCGCUUCUCUUCAACAGCAUGAAAGCGAUAUUUCAAAAGCAGGUGUUAAAGUUAUGGACGCCUUUUCUCACUAAUGAAGAUAUAACACUACCAAAUCUUAAAUUGUCGUGGUGGCACAAAGAAUUGGCGCACCAUCAUAUCCGACCAAACGAUUAACUAAUCGGCAACACAGCAAAAUAACCCAAGGCUGCAGGAUUCGAACGUUCCAGCGAACUAAGUUUCGCCUAUUCGAAAAUCUGGGGCCCGUUAACCACAAAAAUUCUGUUCUAAGAGCAUUUAUUAAUCGGAUGGCGGUCAGGCGUCCGCCCCUCGUGACAGCAAUAGGCUUGAUAACGCGAUGUUCUCCUAGAAGGUUGGUCGUACUUUCAGGCGCCUCUUUAUAUUCUCUUACAGAGAGGUACAGAGGCGCUUCUCUAAGGCUUCUCUAAGGCACCUCCAAGGCUCCUUUCUUUGGUGCUUCUCUAAGGGGCCUCUCUAUACUCUCAUACAGAGAGGCUACUUCAAUUGUUGCUGACCUUUACAUGCCCGACAUUUGUGAUUAUCACGUAAUAAAGAAAAGAAUAUCGUUGCGGCUCAGCUGGUGGAUGGUCAAUUUUGCAAAAAUGAAUGCAUAUCGACUGAAAUGAAGUCGUUUCGUCGAUCUUUUGCAUACAUAUUUAUUUUAUUGUUUGCACUAGGAUCUGAUCAUUGUUAUCGAGGAACUGCCACAGCAGCACCGCAAUUGCAGAUGGAAAAUCCUUAAAACUGCUUGAACGACAUCUUGUUAAGCAUAAUCAGCGCAAUAAAAACGAGAGUGUUCGAGGGCUAUGCCUUCGAGUGAACCGAUAACAGUAAGAACCGAUAACACUCACGUGUUCGCAACCGGGCCCGAUGUUCAGGUCCUGCGGACCGAAAGGCUCCAUGCCGACC